GUUGCGAAAGGGCAGGCACGACCUGUGAGGUGGGAAGUAUGACUACGAAACUGAUGUGCGCUCUACGAAGCCUGCACCUACAUAGCAUGGAACUCAGCUUAAGAAUAGUAACCUUGAAGAUCUGUCGUGCACAUGAAGAAUCAUCGUGCCGGGCACCAAGUGGUGCACUUUACGUGUCAUCAAACUCAUCUGACGAGAUCUGUUCGGGCCACGUCGUUUCUCUUGCUUGUCCCGACUCAGCGUGGCUUAAUUUGCGGCGGUAUCGGCAUCUGGAGCCUUGGACAUGUGCUGCUAUCCGUUAGAGCUAUUCGUAGUUUGCAAUUUGAGGGCACAGCUUACUUGCGAGCUUCGCGGCCAUGUACGCUUCCGUCUUUCGCCGCUUCACCGCCUUAUCCUGCUUUUGCCGCUUGCGCUCCGCUUUCAGUUGACGAGUGCAACGACGAAAGGAUCCGAACGGCGCAGAGUGAGAGUUGCCUUUCCGUCUGGGAGGACCUUAUUCUGACCAUCCUUGUCAAGCAUUGCCACUGGCGCCACAGGGCAACUGCGAUGAUCCUCAAUGAGUUGUAAAGCCAUGUAUUCAAGGAGCCCUAGCGUGAUUCCGCCAUAGACGCUAAGUGUUCGGGUCGAUGGAUCCUCCCUUGGAACAGCGCUAGUCGUCGCAACAGUCAAGCCAGAGUUGGAGGUGAGUGACUGGACGCUGGCGUAUUAG